GUAUUUGCGAAUCAUUUCGUCAAGAAAUCACGUGAUUUGUGACAAAACACAAACUCUAAAAUAUAUCGGAAUAACUUAAUAAUAUAUUUCAACUCGGUACCUCAUCACUGUGACAUCAGGUCACAAGUUUAAUUUAAUUUUGUUAUAACUUUGUUAAUUCCUGAUACGAAAUCCUUAUUUACUGAUCUAAUUCUUCUCGCCCCUUAAUCUGUAGUGCAAUGGGGACUUUCUCCCCCUGACUCUCCGUUCACAUUCCUUCAGCCCUACCCUUUUUCUUAGGAAAGACAGCUGUUUGCCGGUAUCUUUGAUGUCAGCGUGUCCUACAAAAUCUGAGAUAUGUUCCAUAACCGUAACGCUGGUAAAAUAAUUGUGAUAACAUCUCAACUUUUUGAAAAUAGGUAAUUUGACUUUAACUUUAAGCAAGAGGAUAAAUAUCGGAGCGCAAGAGAUGCUCGUGGCAUUCAAAAAAAAAAUCUUUAUAUGUAGCUCUCCGCUUAACGGAGUUUUCAUUUUUCUCCUUCCUCCCCCCUUGAGGUUGGAGCAUGGCGUUACGACCGCCAUCACUAAUGUUAGCGGCUGCAUAUUCAGUUUAAGUAUGAAACAAUAUAUUUUUCUUUAAAAAAUCCAUCUCCGAUUCUCAGCAUGGUUUUGGUGAAAGGAUCACCGCGCAAAAUGAUCCUAUCUAAAUGACAGUGUUUGCAGCUUCCCUUUGUGGAAAAUGAUGAGAUUCAUCAGAAUUCCUAUUGACAUGGCGUCAUAUCGGUUGUCAUGGUUUUCGCUGAUAAAUGUUUGCAAAAGAAGAUGGCUAUCCUACAUCGUUUCCUUUUCGUCCUUAUUCUACCACUUUUCACUGAAGUUGUCCGGCGUUGAUUGUGCUUUUUUUGGGCUUGCGGACUCGUUCUGGCAGAACGAAGACCUCGAAAAUAAAGAACUUCCAGUCUCUCCUAUCCAAUACCAUCUCCAUACGCUUACUGUGUUUUGUCUUCCUGAUGCUGAAUUAAGUUAUAAUAGAAUAAAUAUGAACUUUCCACUUCAUCUGAACUUGUUCUUUAAUUUUUUACUCUUUUGUGGACAAUAUAUGGAUUGUUUUCCUUUUUAGUACAGCUAUCUGGACCAAGCCAAGGUGUGCACUCAGAAUCAAGGAGACUGAACGGGACGAUUCUUAAGAGAUUUUAAAUAAUGAGACUGAGCUUGGUAAGAGCAUACAAUUCAGAGAAAUGAACUAAAGGUUUCAUAAGAAAUUAUACAAUUGAACAACGAUAUUUUCCAUAACAGCAUCAGAAAAUAACAAAACCUCAUUAAAACUAUUUGAAUAUUUUGAAACUGCUUAGACAAAAGCAUUUCUCCACGACGCAAUGCACCGAUUAGAGUGAGUUUGUGUAAAUAAUUUAGGACUUCCCAUAUUUUCAGAGGACAGCAAAAAAAACUAAAUAAAAAUAUGUAGAAAAGAAGACAGCAACCUUUAUAUAUCAACGUGUAAGUAUUUUCAUUAAGAGAAGAAAAUAAAAUUUCUAACUUUAAAUAUCAGUAUUUAAUAACCCUCGUGAAAAAAAAUGUUCGAAAAAGAUUAUUCUGAUAACACUUUAUAUGAAAUGUAUCCAACAAAUCUUCCUUUCAUAAAUUUUUCAAACAUGAUAUUGACAAUUAAUAACAGUUUCGACGAAAAUAAAACAGAGAAUUCAACAGUGUAUGUACCAUACGUAGAAAGAGUUGAAACAUAUAUGGUCCCAGCUGUUUUUGCAAUCGUUUUCAUAGUUGGUCUAUUAGGAAAUGGCACUUUAAUCAGUAUUUUUCUGCUGCACAAAAGCAUGCGAACAAUCCCUAACACUUACAUUAUGAGCUUAGCAGUUGGAGAUUUUAUUUUGCUGGUAGGUACUGUUCCUUUCAUAAGUACUAUUUAUACUUUUGAAAGUUGGCCGUAUGGAGAAUUUAUUUGCAAACUUAGUGAAUUUUUGAAAGAUGUUUCAAUGGGUGUAACAGUGUACACUCUGGCAAUGCUUAGUUACGACAGAUAUGUCGCCAUUGUUAAACCAAUGAAAAAACAUACUGGCAGGAAUGCCAAAACCAUGACUAUUCUAGUCGCUUUUGGAAUUUGGAUUGUUUCUAUCAUUUUAGCAAUUCCUGGGGCAUAUUUUUCUUUUAUCUGGGAGUACUCUGUUAAAAAAGAGCAUACAAUAUAUGUUUGCUAUCCUUUUCCACAUCAUUUGAGGCCCUGGUAUCCCCGUCUCGUGGUCCUUACUAAAUUUUUAUUGCUUUAUGGCAUACCUUUGAUUCUGAUUGGCUCUUUUUACGUUUUGAUCGCCUGGCAUUUAAUUAGAAGCUCGAGGAAUAAUCUUGGACAAAAUCCAAGUCACGUGAAGCAGCUACGAUCUAGAACAAAAGUAGCAAAAAUUGUUUUAAAUUUUGUUGUUAUUUUCGCAGUCUGUUUCUUUCCGAGUCAUAUAUUUCUUAUAUGGUAUUAUUUCGAUGAGAAUCCUAAUGAUCAUUAUAAUGAGUAUUGGCACUGUUUUAAAAUAAUUGGAUAUGUUUUAACAUUCGCUAACAGUUGCUUGAAUCCUAUAGCACUCUAUUUUAUCAGCAGUGUAUUUCGAAAUUAUUUUAAGCGGUACUUAUUUUGCUGUUUUUGUAAACCAGUCGAAAUAAGAAGGGAAACUCUAUCCGCGCAUAGCUCUGCAAUUGUGAGGAGAAAUAUUGUAGUUGCAUUAAAUGAGGUGUAACAAAAGAAUUAAUUUCCAUGUAUUAUAUCUAUUUGUUGUGAUUGUACUGUGAAUUAAUGUUCAAUGUUAUAAAAAUUAAUGCGAGAUUGUAUACUGUGAAUUAAUAUUUAAUAUUAUAAAAAUUAAUGUGAGAUUGUAUGCUGUGA